AUGGCCGCCGGCCGCGCAUUCGUGGUGCUCAUUGUCCUGUGCUCGCUGCCCGUCCAGCCGCUGCAGGCUUGCGCCACGAAGAAGCGCCUCGUGCCGGCGAUGUUCGUGUUCGGGGACUCCCUGGUGGACGUCGGCAACAACAACCACCUGCCCAGCGUCAACAACAGCUGCAAAGCGAACUACCCGCCCUACGGCGUCGACUACCCCGGCCACUCACCGACCGGCCGCUUCAGCAACGGCCACAACUUGGCCGACCAGCUAGCUCAGCAGCUGGGGUUUGACGAGAGCCCGCCACCUUUUCUCUCCCUGAAGAACGCGAUGGCGAGGAGGUUCAGUCGGCUGACGAGCACGGGCGGCAUCAACUUCGCGUCAGGAGGGUCGGGGCUCCUUAAUACGACCGGCGGCAGUAAAUGUGGCGGCCAGGUGGUUUCCAUGGCCGAGCAAGUCGGCAACUUCAAGAGUCUCGUUCGGGCGUGGGCGAGCAAGAAACCGAAACGGAAACACCGAGCGGCGGCGGUGGCCGACCUCAUCUCCAAUUCACUCGUCUUCAUCAGCGUCGGCAGCAACGACCUGUUCGAGUACAGUGAUCUCCUCGCAGAUCCUAAUCACGACCCCAACGUUACCCGCAACGACGCCGCUUUUUUGCAAGGACUCGUUCAUCUUUACGCGGCCUACGUGAAGGACUUGUACGCCGCCGGGGCAACCAAGUUCAGCGUCGUGAGCCCGUCGCUGAUCGGGUGCUGCCCGUCGCAGAGGAAGAUAGCCAAUGAGUCGAAUGACAUGGACGUCUCCGGCUGCUUCAGCACGGCUAACAGCCUCUCCAUGCAGCUAUACCCCAUGAUCAACUCCAUGCUGCAGAACCUCAGCGAGAAGGAGCUGCCCGGCAUGAAGUAUUCCCUCGGAGACGCCACCGGGAUGGCCCGAUAUAUAUUGGGCCAGACGCCUCCCAACAACUUCACUACAACCGACCGCCCGUGCUGCGGCUCAAAGGAUUACGGCGACACCGGGUGCAACACCUCGGUUCCGCUGUGCGGCUACCGGAAAAGCUUCUUCUUCUGGGACAGGUACCAUCCCACCGAGGCGGCGUCGGCGAUCACCGCGACGGAGCUCUUCAGCGGCAACGAGACCUACGUCCACCCGGUCAACGUGCAGCAGCUGGUGGCGUCGCGGCCAUGA